UAUAACUUUUUUAUGCUCCAUCUGAUUCCUACCUCAGUCUCUUAUUCCUUAAUCUAGUAGGUAGCCAUGGCCAUGGCCAUAGAUAAUGUCUUCGAGAUCGACUUCUCUUGCUACAGUACCAGUACAACCACCAUUACUACUGCAGAUGACGACCCUGCUUGUACCUGGAAUGACUGGGGUUCCCCGGUUGUUGAUUGGGGCUCGUUAUCGAGCGAGCGUGAUGAGUUUCAGGACCUCAUUGAGUCCAUGAUGGAUGAUGGAACAGGGUUCAAGCUGUCUCAAGUAGAUAAUGAGAUGAGUAACUCUGUUUCUGUUUCUGUCUCUGUCUCCUCUGAUACCAUGGUUGCGGAUGAUGAAACAAACGGUGAGGAUUUCAAGGGGUUGAGGUUGGUUCACCUGUUGAUGGCCGCCGCUGAGGCUCUCACGGGGGCUACCAAGAGCCUUGAACUAGCUCGGGUGAUAUUGGUUCGGCUCAAGGAGUUGGUUUCCCCCAGCGAUGGAACCAACAUGGAAAGGUUAGCGGCUUAUUUCACCGAGGCAUUACAAGGUCUACUCGAAGGCUCCGGAGGAGGCCAUUCCAAGCAUUUGAUAGCCAAUGGAACUCAUCAUCACCGUGACAAACACCAUCAAUCGGACAUGCUUGCAGCGUUUCAGCUGCUGCAGGACAUGUCACCUUAUGUUAAAUUCGGUCACUUUACGGCCAAUCAGGCAAUCUUGGAAGCAGUGACUCAUGACAGGAGGAUUCACAUAGUGGACUACGACAUCAUGGAAGGGAUUCAAUGGGCGUCUUUGAUGCAAGCUUUGGUGUCAAGGAAAGAAGGACCACCAACCCCACAUCUUAGGAUCACGGCUUUAUCGAGAGGCAACAACAGCUGGCGAUCCAUCGGGAGCAUUCAAGAGACUGGUCGAUGGUUAGUUGCUUUUGCAGCCUCUAUUGGGCAGCCCUUUUCUUUCCAUCAGUGUAAACUGGACUCUGAUGAAACAUUUAGACCGUCAGCCGUGAAGUUAGUUCGAGGCGAGGCCUUGGUGAUCAAUUGUAUGCUGCACUCGCCUCACUAUAGCCAUCGAGCACCGGGUUCGGUCGCUUCAUUUUUAUCCGGCGCCAAGACCCUGAACCCAAGAUUGGUGACCCUGGUGGAAGAAGAAGUUGGACCCAUUGGAGAUGGGGAGUUCAUGGGACGGUUCAUAGACUCAUUGCAUCAUUACUCAGCCAUGUUCGACUCGUUAGAAGCCGGGUUCCCUAUGCAGGGCAGGGCACGGGCCUUGGUCGAAAGAGUAAUUCUGGGGCCUAGAAUAACCGGAUCCUUGAACCAAAUUUACCGGACCCGAAAAGAAUACGAGAGUGGUCCCUGGUGGGAAUGGUUAAAUUCAGUAGGAUACAAAGCAGUUAACAUGAGCUUCGGCAAUCAUUGUCAAGCAAAGCUUCUGCUGGGAUUAUUCAAUGAUGGAUAUAGAGUGGAGGAGUUGGCCAAUAAUAGGCUCGUAUUAGGCUGGAAUUCCAGGCGUUUGCUCUCAGCUUCGAUAUGGACUUCUCCUCAAGACUCUGGUUUGUAAUAAAAGUUGAAAACAAAUUAUACGCACAUGCUAUCUUUUCCUUUGUCUUUCAACUGCACAUCAUUUUUCAUAUCCCUUAGCAUUCUCCAGACAUGUUAAUAUUUGAACAUUUUCGACAAAACCUACACCAAACUGUUCGAAUUAAGAUGUAAUAGUCCUAAGUUGAGACAAAUCACAAAGCUGUUGAUUCAGUUGUGAGCUAAUGCGGAUGUCUGUAAGAA